AUGGAUACGUUGUCCGUCGAAGUCCUCUGCGACAACCAUGCACACACCGGCUUUCCAGACCCAAAACAUACAUCAGCCACUGCGCGUUCAGAAUACAUCCAGAUGCCGCUCGACUCGAAAGCACCGUUCGCGAUCCGAGUGCUCUGCACGCGUCCUGCUGAUAUCGGAUGCGAUGCCCUCCUCAUCCAAGUCUCAAGAGACGAGCAGAUCACAGCAGAGCGCCCUGCCAGCAUCGACACUCUUCAGCCGCUUGACAUCACCCUGGGAAGUCAUACAGUCCCGGCAGGACUGGAGACACCAUCAAGUUUCAAAGAUGAGGGCGAUCACAAGUUCGUCUUGCCGAGAGAUGUUACAGUUUGUAUCAGCCAACUGCGGAGGACUGAAGAGUGGAGCCUCUGGUACGAACCAUCAGAGGACGGAAUCAAACCACCCUUCCUUGCACUCAUCGAUAACAAAGACUCCGAGCAAGCUGCGUCCAAGACAUUCAUCCUCAAAUUCCGCACAAUCUCCGAGCUGCGCGCAAUCGGUCUACAAGUGACUCCUCCCGAUCACCUGGUGUACAAAGCCGCGGAGUACGAGCCUUGGCAGAAAGGUGGCCUCUACUGUCGCUGCAAGAAGCUGAUCAUGGGAGGCGCUAUCACCUGCGAUAACGAGAGGUGUAGGGUUGGGACUUGGCAUCGCUGGUGCGUAGGCUUGCAGACCGAGAAGGAUGGUCUGGUGGAGAUGCUGGAUGAUGUUGGCAAUCUGUGGCUUUGCCCGGAAUGUCGAGUGUUGGGGAGCGAGGAGAUAGAGAUCGCGGGAGAGGAUACGGAUGAGAAGGCUGCCAGGACUGAGCAGAAGUGUCUUUGUCCCGUUGGCGAGGCGCUUUAA